CUCGUGCGCAAACCUGAGCUUGCCGGAAAAAUUUCCCAACCUGAACUCGAAGGGCACGGGAAAAAAAAGUAUCGCCUGUGGAAGCAAGUUGUUGCGCAGGCUCGACAACACGCCGCCAGCGCCUCGGCCAACUCAAUUCGCCGCCCUCUCCGUGCUUGAUCCAGCGACUGGCCGAAAAAAUGGUGGUGGUCAACUAUCUGCUCUUUGAGAGCGCCGUCGGCUUUUCGCUGUUCGAGGUCGUGCACCAGGCCGAUACCGUCGGCCUGGAGCUGCCCGAGGUCAAGGAUGCGAUGAAAAGCCUCGACAAGUUUGGCAAGAUGGUGCAUUUGCGUAGUUUCAACCCGUGGACCUCUGCCGCCCAUGGCUUGGAAGCGAUCAACCUCAUCUCCGAGGGUAUCAUGCCCGAGCAUCUCAAAAACACCCUCGAACUCAACCUGCCGCAGACCAGCGGAAAGAAGAGCAAGAUCGUGCUGGGAGUUGCCGACAAGAGGCUAGCCGGCGAGAUUACCGCGAACUUCCCCGGCGUUCAGUGCGAGGCUGCCGACACCUCCGAGGUCGUUGCGGCGCUCCUGCGUGGCAUUCGUCUCCACGCCAACAAGCUGCUCAAAGGUCUCCAAGAUGGCGACAUCAAGCGCGCACAGCUCGGUCUCGGCCACGCCUAUUCCCGCGCCAAGGUCAAGUUCAGCGUCCACAAGAACGACAACCACAUCAUCCAGGGUAUCGCUACCCUCGAUGCUCUUGACAAGGGCAUCAAUCAGGGCGCGAUGCGUGUGAGGGAGUGGUAUGGCUGGCACUUCCCCGAGCUCAUCCGGAUCGUGUCCGACAACAGCACCUACGUCAAGCUCGUUCUGGCUGUCGGCGACAAGAGGACACUCACCGACGAAAGCGUGGACGAUCUCGCAAACGUUCUCAACCAGGACCUGGACAAGGCUCAGGCCAUCGUUCAAGCUGCCAAAGUCUCCAUGGGACAGGACAUUAGCGAGACCGACCUAGCAAUGGUGAGGGACCUUGCGUCCAAUGUCUCCAAGAUGGCCGAAUACAGACGCAUCCUCGCCGAGUCACUCGACAAGAAGAUGGGCGUCGUCGCCCCCAACCUUCAGGUCAUCCUAGGCACCUCUGUUGCGGCUCGCCUCAUCUCGCACGCCGGUUCCCUGACCAAUCUCGCCAAGUACCCCGCCUCGACCCUCCAGAUCCUCGGCGCCGAGAAGGCCCUCUUCCGGGCGCUCAAGACCAAGGGCGCGACGCCCAAGUACGGCCUGCUUUACCAAAGCUCCUUCAUUGGGCGUGCCGGCCCCAAGGUCAAGGGCCGCAUCUCGAGGUACCUGGCCAACAAGUGCUCCAUUGCCAGCCGCAUCGACAACUUCUCGGAACAUCCGACGAAGCGAUUCGGCGAGGUCAUGCGUGAGCAGUUGGAGCAACGGCUCGAGUGGUACGCCAAGGGCACGAAGCCGAUGAGGAACACCGAGGCGAUGGAGAAGGCUAUCAAGGCAGUCCUUGCGGAUGGUGACGACAUGGACAUCGACGACGAAAUGAUCGACCACCCACACCCCAAGGAGGCGAAGGACAAGAAGGAGAAGGAAGGCAAGGAGGAGAAGAAGGAAAAGAAGGAGAAGGAGGGCAAGGAGGAGAAGAAGGGAAAAAAGGAGAAAAAGGAUAAGAAGCGCAAGAGCGUUGGCGGGGAGGACGUCGAGAUGGUGGACGUCAAUGGUGACGGCUCGCAUAAGAAGAAGAAGAAGAGAAAGUCGGGGGCAGCCGAGUAGUCGGCCCACCGUCUUUGUCUUGGGUAUUCUUGGCACAUUUUUUGCUCGGUCUUUGCUCUACUUUCCUCGGAGUUCUUAUGCGGGUUCGGGGUCGGGCAAAUGGAGUUAUUGGGUUGUGGGCUUAGAUGC